UUGGAGUAUCGCUUCAGCCCGGAUCGGCUCGCCGAACUGAACCGCGCUCCGGUUCCCCUGCUGUUGGCCAGGAUCACUACCGGGUGCCCUUCCUACGGCAAAACCGCCGCCGAUAUUGACAGCGUCGAUACCCUGAUUGCCGAAAUUCGCGGCCACUGCGCCAGCGAUACGGAUUUUAUCAGGCAGUCCAUGCCGUUGCAGGAGAUCGUGUUCCGUACCCUGCUGCUGGACGCUGACUCCACGAUGACCCUGGGCCAAUUGCACCAGGAGCUGACGGAGCGCUGGUCGUCUGCCAUCCGACCAAUUACUGUUACCCUCUCCGGCCUGGCCCGAAUCCUCGACAGCGACGAAUUCUACGGUUUCGAGGCCAUCCCCGUUGAUGAUCCCGAAUUAGCCGACCUCCCAAUGCUGACUGCUUCCGGCGCCGACGACUCUGAUGGCCUCGCCCAGAUUAUCGCCGCCAUCGCCGCCAACGUGGAUGACGAAGAGGACGAUGACACCGACCUGUUCGAAGAGGACGAAGACGAUUGCGAGGACGAUGACACCGACCUCUUCAUCGACGAUUCUCCUGACAAUGAAUCCGAGGACGCUGAAUCCGAGGACGAAGAAUAG